UGCAUAAUUCAUUUUGCUAGUCUUGUGGAAUUCUCUCCUGGUCAUUUCAAAGUUAAUAGACAACCAUUAUCAUUAUCAAUUACCAUAAAAUUAACAAUUGAAUCAAUAUCUAUGAUAAAGUUUAAUAGAUAAAAAAUAUUGAAUUCCUUCUUUGCUUUUCUUUUUAAAAUUUGGUGAUCCAAAUGAAAUAUUUUCCAAAAGAAAGAGGUUUGCCUUGGAGUAGAUCUAAGCCUGAGCUGAGGUCAACGCGCGUGGAGCAACUAUGGCGGAAGAAUCUGAAGUUCCCACCCAACCAGCUAACACUGUGGAAGAACCAUUAGAUCUCAUCAGACUCAGUCUGAAUGAAAGGAUUUAUGUAAAGAUGAGAAAUGAGAGGGAACUCAAAGGCCAACUUCAUGCUUAUGACCAACAUCUCAACAUGAUUCUUGGUGAUGUCGAAGAAACUGUGACGACCAUGGAGAUUGAUGAGGAAACCUAUGAAGAAAUUUAUAAGAGUACUAAAAGAUCCAUUCAGAUGCUGUUUGUCAGAGGUGAUGGAGUGAUUCUUGUUUCCCCUCCACUACGAUCAGGAACAUUAUAGCAUUUCAAAUGUCAGUGGGUAGACAUCAUCCAACAUUCUGUAUAAAAAACUAUUCGAAAUAGGAUGUAUAAAUUGUAUGUAUUUGUUUCUAUGUUUUGUUGUGUUCAUUCAUUUACAUGAGCAAGGCAAGUAAAAAAAACUCAAGUGCAGUGGUAUUCAGUAAAUGUAACCCAAACAUAAAAAACAAGAGAUGUACAGUAGACUCUUGCAUAGGUUGAAUCUCUGAGGACCACAGAAGAUGUAAAUAACACACGUUAUAUUCUGGCGCCUGUUUGAUAAAGAGUUACAACAAUGGUAAUUUUGCCAUUAUGACAACUACCAUGGUAACAGUGCUCAGUAGCCAAUCACAAUCAAGAUACCUGUGUUUGUUACAAUAAUGGCAAAGAUAUUAUGUAAGUCUUUAAGGCAUCUUUUGACAUAUAUGAAGAUUCUACUGUACAAACAUUUAGUAUACCAAAACAGAGGGGGAACCCCAUCUAACUCCAUCUGGAUGUGUCAUUCUUGUUCUGGAUGAUGACCUUGCUUUGUAAUUGUAAAGUAUGAAACAACUUCAAAAUCAGAAAGGAUCUUGUAGCUCCUGUAUAGAGUAUAAGAAAAUCUGACAACUACUUGAUAAUUUUUCUAAAACUUAUUAUUUCAGUAUAUUUUUAAAAUGAUACAAAGCUUUUACAAGGUAUGUACACAAGUACACAUAGAUUAAAACUUCUUGACAUUAUUGAAUGGAUAAAUCAAGUAAGACUUGGUAGUACAAAUUUCAUAUUAGCUAAAAUCAUCAUCAUCAAUCAUUUUCAAAACGGUCCUUUGUCUUCAAAAUACAUUUAUUUGUCAAAAGAAACCGUCAAUAUUUAUAUAUAGUCAAGCUUUAAGUUGGGCACAUUACUGAAAAUCAUGACUGAAUGUGUUAAUGAGAGUACAUAAACUAUAAAAAAGAAUACUUUUUAAUUUUGAAAGAAUCAGAAUGCUUUGAAACAUUUUUUUAACAGACUUAUUUUAAUAUUAUGUGUCAUUAGUCUAAUUAGCUUGGAGUGGUGGUCUCCAAUCCAAGUUGAUGCAACAUUGUCUUUUGGUUCGGCCUUAGGCCUCUUUACAGGUCUCUUAAUAGAGAGGACCAAAAGCUAUUAUUCCUCUGGUUGCUUACAAGAAUUUAUUUCUUUGCAGUCAGGCAAAAUAAACUCCACUUUACUUUAGUUUAGUGACUGAUCCGUACAUUCCCAAGUUAGUUCAUGUGUAUGUUACAUAUGAGCCUACAAAGUUUGCUUGUAUGAAGAUCUUUUGGUUUGUAUUAAAGUACCUGUACUUUUCAUUGUAAAUAAUGUUUUAAAAUAAAAUAAUGGCAAAUGUA